UCGCGCAGGUGCCUGAGAGCUGUAACUGCGCCAAGGGUUAACAUAAUGUGUGUUGUCUCUUCGUGUGCAGCUAGCAGACCCAAGCAUUUGCUGGUGUACAUCAACCCUUAUGGGGGCAAGCAGCAAGUGCAUUUAUGAGCAGAAAGUCUCGCCUCUCUUCGCCUGUGCCUCCAUCUCCACGGACGUGAUUGUUACAGAGCAUGCCAAUCAUGCCAGGGACCACCUGAAGACAGAGGCGGAGUUAAAGAAAUAUGAUGGAGUGGUGUGUGUAGGCGGGGACGGCAUGUUCAGCGAGAUAGUUCAGGGCCUGGUCUCUCGAACACAGAGGGAUAACGGAGUGGACCAGAACAGCCCGGAGGAGAAGCUGGUACCCUGUAGUGUCCGCAUCGGCAUUAUAUCCGCAGGUUCAACGGACUGCAUCUGCUAUGCCACUGCCGGCAUCAAUGACCCUGUGACCUCAGCUUUACAUGUCAUAGUGGGAGACUUCCAGCCAAUGGACGUGUGCUCGGUCCAUCACAACACAUUCUUGAGGUAUUCCAUCUCCCUGCUUGGAUACGGUUUCUCUGGUGACGUGCUGGCAGACAGCAAGAGGAAACGCUGGAUGGGACCAGCCAGAUAUGACUUUUCAGGUUUUAAGACGUUCCUGACACAUCACCACUAUGAAGGGGCUGUGUCUUUUCUACCAGCAACUGACAUUCCCGGAACACCGCGAGACAAGACCAGGUGUAGAGCUGGGGAUAACGGAGUGGACCAGAACAGCCCGGAGGAGAAGCUGGUACCCUGUAGUCUCCGCAUCGGCAUUAUACCCGCAGGUUCAACGGACUGCAUCUGCUAUGCCACUGUCGGCAUCAAUGACCCUGUGACCUCAGCUUUACAUGUCAUAGUGGGAGACUCCCAGCCAAUGGACGUGUGCUCGGUCCAUCACAACAACACAUUCUUGAGGUAUUCCGUCUCCCUGCUUGGAUACGGUUUCUACGGCGACGUGCUGGCAGACAGCGAGAGGAAACGCUGGAUGGGACCAGCCAGAUACGACUUUUCAGGUUUUAAGACGUUCCUGACACAUCACCACUAUGAAGGGGCUGUGUCUUUUCUACCAGAAACUGACACACUGGGAACACCGCGAGACAAGACCAGGUGUAGAGCUGGGUGCUUCAUAUGCCAGCGCAACGGGCAGCUGUAUUCAGGGGAUUCCCCAGAGGAAUCCAAGACGGCUCCAGAUGUCUCAGACAGAGGAAGUGGGGUGGGGGGGGUGGUCAGAGGGAAGUUCCUGGCCAUCAACGCGGCCAGUAUGAGCUGUGCCUGUCCCCGUAGGCCCAAGGGCCUGUCCCCCGCCGCCCACCUUGCUAACGGCACCACCGACCUCAUCCUCGUACGCAAGUGCUCCCGAUUCAACUUCCUUCGCCACCUGCUACGCCACACCAGCAAAGACGACCAGUUUGACAUGACCUUUGUAGAGGUGCACCGUGUGCGGCGCUUCCGCUUCACGCCGCGCCACUGCCAAAACCACUCGGAGCUGGACCUGAGGGAGAACGGCAAGCAGCUCUUCAGCCAGAUCUGCCGGGACCACCCGGCCUGCAGCUGCAGCCCUGCCUAUAGCAGCUGGAACUGUGACGGCGAGAUCCUCCCCCACGCUGCCAUUGAAGUCGGAGUUCACUGCCAGUUGAUCAAGCUGUUUGCGCGAGGGAUCGAAGAGCAGCCUUUGUUUGAGGACCUCGCCAACCCCCCGUGUGCACUCUAGGUCCCCUCGUCCCUCCGCUGCCCUACCCUAUCAGUCACUGGAACAGUCCUACAGCAUUUCAAAGGCUGCCACUGCUGUCACUUCCCUUAGCCCUGUGCACUACCUUUCUCUAAUGAGGUCACAAGUUCACAGGUCAAAGAGUGCUGGUACAUUUACAGAGGUUCAUUAUCCACUAUAGCGAAGAACAAAUCAUGAAAAUCUUAAAUUAAUGUACCCCCUUCCUGCUAUCCUUUUGCAAUAAAGAGAUGUUAACCAACACAUAACGAGCUGUUCAACAUUUGUAGAACUUCCGUUUGCGCGUGUUGGAAUGUACGCUGCUCCAAAUUAUGAAGAAUUGGUACAAAGCUUUGUUUAUUUAUAAACAUAAACCCAAUAUUAAAGCAUGUUUGAAUGAUUCUAGCUGCUUGCCUUGUUGGAUGUUAUUUCCCUGCACCUAAAAAGCAUGAAUUUGAAAACAUUUGUGUGGAUGAUAGGAUAUUGGAUGAACCAGAGCACUCUCUAUGGGUACCAGAUGCCAGCUCGCCUGUCACCUUAAUGUGGUCAUUUAAUAUGUCCUAUAUAGCUACAGUAUACCACCAGACGGGCUAGAGUCACACUGAAAACUCAAUGUAUUGUAGCGUAUCAACAGUUUAUGCCCUGAAACAUGUGACUUGGUAGCAUUAAAAUAGACGCAGCAGGCUAUUUCUGCCAUUGCUGCGAUGUCAUUCCAUGUUAAUUUGCUGUUGUGUCUGAGCUGUGGUGUUUGAGGUUGCUGUUAGAAAAGUGUUGCGUAUUUGUUGCACUUGCAGUGCUUGGUGUCCUGCGUAUCAUAUUGCCUUC